AUGUAUCAGAUCAGCAACAUAUACGUCCUCGCCGCCUUCGGGACGAUUGGCGGCGCUCUGUUUGGAUUCGAUGUCAGCUCAAUGAGCGCUUGGCUAGCAGCCCCUCAAUAUCUAGAAUACUUCAACUACCCGGACUCUGAUCUUCAAGGAGGUAUCACCGCAUCCAUGAGCGGAGGCAGUUUCAUUGGCGCUCUAGCAGCAGGAUUCUUGGCCGACCAUUUUGGGCGUAAGAUUGCUCUCCAGAUCGCCUGCGUGAUUUUCAUCUUUGGAUGUGUUAUCGUCUGUGCCUCGCAGAACGUCGGCAUGCUCAUUGCAGGAAGAAUUAUAAACGGCCUGGCUAUUGGUAUCUGUUCAUCACAAGUGUGCGUCUAUCUCGCCGAGCUCGYGCCUGCAAAGAUCCGUGGUCGCGUUGUGGGCAUUCAGCAAUGGGCGAUCGAGUGGGGAAUUUUGAUCAUGUACUUGAUCUGCUACGCGACGCAGCGAACUGUGGCAGGACCAGCUGCUUUCCGCAUAGCCUGGGGCGUUCAAGGCAUCCCGGCGUUUGUACUGUUUGGCGCACUAUUCUUCUUCMCAGAAUCUCCCCGUUGGUUGGCAAGCAGGGAGCGUUGGGAGGAUGUACACACAGUACWCGCGAACCUGCACGGAAAUGGUAACCGCAACGAUCCCAUCGUCCUGGCUGAGCUGGAUGAGGUACGAGAAGCCCAAGCCAUCGCUGCUCAAGCGCAGGGUGUUGGAUUUCUGCAACUUUUCGGGCCAAAGGUCUGGAAGCGAACGCUUGCUGGCACAUCCGUACAGAUGUGGCAGCAAUUACUUGGUGGCAAUGUUGCAAUGUACUAUGUCGUCUACAUCUUCCAGAUGUCAGGCAUGUCUGGAAAUACCUCUUUGACUUCGUCUAUCAUUCAAUACGUAAUCUUCCUUGUCACUACCGGCCUGAUGCUGCCCGUCAUCGAUCGAUUCGGACGCAGACAGCUACUGCUGGGUGGAGCAUUUAUCUGCAUGGUCCUGCACUAUACGACGGCUGCGGUAAUGGCCACAUAUGGUGUUCCAGUCGACCAGGUAGACGGCAACUCCAACCUUCGGAUCCUGAUCUCUGGCGCUCCUGGAAAGGCAGUGAUCUCACUGAGUUAUAUCUUUACUGGAAUAUACGGUCUGACAUGGGCUCCUAUUGGGUGGAUAUACGCCAGCGAGGUCUUCCCUCUGAAAUAUCGGGCAAAGGGUGUUGGACUCAGUGCCGCCACCAACUGGAUAUUCAAUUUUGCGCUGGCCUACUUCCUCCCACCAGCCUUCACCAACAUCACCUGGAAGACAUACAUCGUCUUCGGAACAUUCUGCACGGCAAUGCUGUUCCACAUCUUCUUCACCUACCCCGAGACCGCCCAGAAAACACUCGAGGAGAUUGACAUCCUUUUSGAUAGCAAGAUUCCACCGUGGAAGUCGGCGAAGGCCCAGAUCAAUGCUUUGGAGGAGCGGGCGAUACAGAUUGAGCAGAAGAAUGUAGCGAUGGACGAGAGGCAUGAGACAGUGUAG